AUGUUUGAUGAAUCUUCCAAACAUCCUUGGGUCGUCGCAGGUUUGGCUUAUACCGGCAAAUUCGGCAUAGCUGCUAGUUUUGCUGUGAUUUAUAUAUUUGCGGGUGAGUUGUAUCCUACAGUCGUCCGUGCAAUUGGAAUGGGAAUGAGCUCAAUGGUCGCUGGUCUGGGUUUGAUUCUUGCGCCUCAUGUCGUCAGACUUGGCGAUACACUUAAAAUUCUUCCAUUAAUAAUCAUGGGAAUGGCUUCUGUUUCUGCUGGGUUUACUUCAUUACUGCUUCCUGAAACAUAUGGAGCAUCCUUACCGCAAACUUUGCAACAGGCUGAAGAUUUUGGCAAAAAUGAGAGAAUAUUCUUUGCCGGACGUCGACGACGGGGACACAGCACUGCAACAGUACCACAUUCUAGGCGUAGUUCAGAUGAAAAGGGCGAAACUAAAGAAAUGUGUGCACUAAUUGGCAACGAUGAAACAGAUGUUAAUUCUGUUCAUAUCUAA